GCAACCUCAUUCCAACCUUCUGUAAGCUUAAACAUCAUGAACUCAAAGCUUGGGACUGUCCUCGUAUGAGUAAAGAGGAAUUUGUUUGGAGGGUCACCCGUGAUCAAAUUUUGGUUAUUGACAUCAGGAAUCAGAAUGAUUUCAACAGAGGAUCCGUACUACGAUCGUUGUCCUAUCCAACGCCUUCUGAUUCUUCUCUCCACAAUAUUGUUGAAGCCUUGAAAAGUGCCCAGAAAACCAAUUUGCCUGUAUGCAUAGUGGGAAGCAAGGAUAUAGAAUUAACGAAAGCGUUCACUUCCUUACUUGUACGAAGUCGUUAUGAUGGAAUAUGCGUAUUGGAUGGAGGCUUUGAAGUGGUCCGUGAUGACCGAUCCAUAAUUGGUAUUCAUUGA